GAGGGCAGAGCUCCGCAGCCCGCUCCGCCCACGUGGGAGGCCGGUCCGUGCGUGCGUGUCACCGCUGGGUCGCGCUGCGCCUUGCGCGCCGGCACCCUCCGAGUGCCCCGGGGCGGGGGGUGGGGGAGGGCAGCGGUGCGCGGAGCCCGGCUUCGGAAUCCCGCUGCUGCCCUCGCUGGGGGGCGCGCGCGCGCGGAAUGUCCGGGCAGCCCGUGCGCAACCCUGCGCGCCUCCUCUUCAGCGGGGCCCUGGGCAGCAGCCGGGCGGCGGCAGCAGGUGCCUCUGCAAGGGAGACCGCCUCCUCCCCGGCCGCAGCAGGAGCGGGGACACCGGCAGACGAAGGGAAGAAGAAUGUAGUCACUGAAAGACAUGGAACCAUCAUGACAAUUGGGAUUAACAGGCCAGAAGCUAGGAAUGCUGUGAAUCAGGAGACUGCAGCAAUGCUUCUGCAGGCAUUCACCUCAUUUGAAGAUGAUACCUCACUAACUGUUGCUGUACUUCAUGGAAUAGGAGGUAAUUUCUGCGCUGGUUAUGAUUUGAAAGAGCUGUCCCACAACCCAACCUCAAUCAAAUUGGAACAAGAUGUCACCAAAGGUCCUGGUCCCAUGGGUCCUUCCCGAAUAAAGUUUUCCAAACCAGUGAUUGCUGCAGUAAGUGGCUAUGCAGUGGCCGGGGGUCUUGAGCUCUCUCUUUUGGCUGACCUGCGUGUUGUGGAGCAGAGUACCAUUUUUGGAGUGUUCUGCAGACGCUUUGGUGUUCCACUGAUGAUGGUGGCACUGUACGGCUACCCUCGACUGAUUGGUCUCUCACGAGCCUUAGAUCUCAUUCUAACUGGUCGUCCUGUUGGUGCACAAGAAGCAUAUGAGUUUGGGCUAGCCAAUCGAAUAGUCCCCAAUGGCCAAGCCCUUCAGUCUGCCAUUGAGCUUGCUAACCAAAUCUCUGCCUUUCCUCAACAAUGCAUGCGAGGAGACCGAAGUUCUGCUUAUUACAGUGUCUUUGAUGCCACCUCAUUCACAGAAGCCCUGCAGUUUGAGUUUGAUGCCGGUGUGCAAGUGAUUUCGAAAGAGUCUCUCCCUGGUGCUAAAAAGUUCAGCUUAGGGGUGGGACGUGGAGGAAAGUUAUAAAAGUCAAAUAUUUUCUGCAUGUAGAAAAGGUUUUAUAAUAAUUAAAAUAGUAGAGGUCUACUAAAUUUACAAAAAUAAUGGAAGACCUGAAAAAAUUAUUAUAUAAAUUCAAAAUUUAUAAUUUACUCUAGGGUACAUAAUCUUGAUGUAUGGGAAGUUGCAUACAUAAUUGUGUUAGCAAAGGUUAUGUACAUAAAUCCUUGUGAAUGGAGGUGUUAAUAUAUUUUGUACCUAAAAAUCAUUGUCAUGAUGAAAAAUUUCAAUUUUUAUUGUACCUUUGUUCUGAAAUCCUGAAAUAAAGCUAAUUCUUUUACAUUUUUUUAUUUGAA